AUUCGUCACGAUAUUGACGCAUUGGUCGAACGUGUCAGGGCAGUUGCAAUGGCUGAAAAUAGGCCUUCAACUCCUGGGAGCCAUAUCGAUUGGGCUGGUGAAGAGGAUGACUCGUUGCCCGACCUUGAUGAUUGGGGUGUUACGACGACUCGGAACAAUACCAGCGCAGAUGAAAUAAGUGAUAAGAUAUCACCCAUAUUGACAGAUGCGCUCAAGCCGCUGCCAGAACCUCAGACGGAAGAAGAUGAUGCUGAAGAUGAGGAAGAUGAGCAUAACAUGGAACCUUUAGGCAAUGAUAUUGAUGGCGAAAUCACCAAGGACUCGUCAGAUUCCUCAUCCCUAUCUAAUACACCUGAUACCAUUGUCACGGCCACCGCAGAUGCGCAUGACUCUCCCGUCGCCGUUGUCGCGCCCGAAGCUAUCACGCAUACUGAUAAACCCUCGCUUCACCCGUCCAAGCCCGUUGUUGCAAGGGUCAGCCUGUAUGCAAGCUCUGCACACUCCAACUUGAUAUCCAAAUCAACGUUAAUCGUAGAUGGUGAAGAGUCACCUGCAACCAAGGAGGGAGGCCUUUCACAGUCUAUCCACGCUCCCUCCCUUGCCGAGACAGAAGUACUAGAAAAGACUCUCAGCUCUUCUUCCAGCGACCACGGCCUCGCUGGAUCCAUCCAUGCGCCUAAAGGCCUCCCGGAUUCCCACUCCGCUCCAUCGUUGCUAAGCCCGGGUACCCCGUCUCCUGCGCGCACAUAUAGUCCCUCGCAUGGUCGAUCAAAGACAGAAGGCCGCCCCGCCUUUCCACAUCCCCGCACGGCGGCGAUAAAUCAGCGAGCCAUUCGUUCUGGUACAUCUUCGCCACUAGGCCCGCUUGUUCACGCGCAUGUGCGGAACCAUUCGACACCUCCUGGAGGGGCGGGGCAGCGUGCCCCACAUAGUACUCGACCUAUCAUCACUGGAGAUGCACUAUCCCGGCUGGCAAGAACGAUUGGCGGUAUACCAGGCAUGCCCCGUUCCCAAGGUGUCGCCGUCGCAAAAGACUAA